UUUGUGUUCUUUGUCAUAAUAGCCAUGAACGGCAAGCUCUUUUUGGCGACCUUAGCCAUAGUUCUAAUUGCUACACUAGUCAGCCCUCGACCUGAACCAGACCAGCAAUAUCACCAACAUGAACAAGAUGGGCAAUCUAACCAAUAUGAAGUACUUCCAAUUCUUGAUGCAGUUGGACCUGAGAGCUUAGCUUUCGACAAACAUGGAGAGGGGCCGUACACUGGUGUUUCUGAUGGUCGGAUAAUCAAAUGGCAGCGUAACGAGAAUCGGUGGAUCAACUUUGCUGUGACAACUCCUCACAGACAUGGUUGCGAAGGCGCACAAGAUCAUGAUGACACUGAAUUUAGGUGCGGGCGAACAUUGGGAUUAAGUUUCAAUCACAAGACUGGCGAUCUUUAUAUUGCAGAUGCAUAUAUGGGUCUCUUAGUCGUUGGCCCAAAUGGUGGAUUGGCUACGCCACUGGCAAAAGAAGCCCAAGGAGUUCCUUUCAAGUUCACAAACGGUGUGGUUGUCGAUCAAAGAAGCGGUGUAGUAUAUUUUACAGACAGCAGCACGAAAUUUCAAAGAAGGGAUUAUAUGUCGAUAAUAUUUAGUGGUGACAAUUCAGGAAGGCUAAUGAAAUUUGACCCAACAACCAAGAAAGUAACAGUUCUUCUGCACAAUCUCAUGUUUCCAAAUGGAGUGGCCUUGAGCAAAAAUGGUGACUUUCUUCUCAUUACCGAGACAACAAAUUGCAGAGUACUGAAGUUUUGGCUCGAUCCCUCGAAGGCUGGCAGAGUUGAAGUCUUUGCAAAUCUUCCAGGAAUCCCAGAUAACAUCAACAGGAACCAAAAAGGGGAAUUUUGGGUUGCAAUUAAUUCAAGAAUUGGGUCAUUUAAUAAAAAGCAGUCUUCGGAUUUAAGCGGAGCUCACUCAUCAUUAGCCAAUGAUUAUUAUGGUUUUGGAUUGGCACUUAAAUUAAGUGAGAAAGGUGAUGUGUUGGAGGCAUUAGAAGACAAAAACGGAGAGACAUGGAUGUAUGGUAGUGAUAUAGUCGAAAAAAAUGGGAAUUUGUGGAUAGGUUCUGUCAUAGUAUCUUAUGCUUUCAAAUUGAAAAUUUCCAAGUAGUAUGAAUUACUGAGAUGAAAAUUAUAAUUGCUUCUUUUGAACAAAAUACUGUUUGU